UAUCAAGUAGUAGAAAGCCCUGCAAAGCUUGUUUUAAUAAUUGUCACAUGUAAAAGAAACUUCUGUUCAGGUGUAAAAUACAAACACAAGAUGUUAGAUUGGAACUACCUGAAACUAGAGAUGACCUUAGCUGAGAAAUUGCCUACGGUCCCAGAGUCAGAAAGAUUUUCAUCUGUGAUGAUGGCAGACUUUACAGGAGAACAUAUGUGGUUACAAACAGGACAUGAACUAAGCUUGAGGACACUAGUAGAGGGUUCAGAUUAUCAAGAGGAACUGAAGUAUGAUUUUAAUGAAAAAGGGGAACUGAGGCAUCUGGAUACGAAUGAAUUCUUUGUUUUCAAUUACUACAAAAACACCUAUGAGAAGAAUCAUAAACGCUAUCAAGUUUUAGGACAUAUGAUUACCCAGUAUGUUUAUGAGCUCCUGGAAAGAGUCUGCGCACUGCAAAAAGUUUAUAUUCCUUCUGAUGCUACAGAGGAUGAACCAAGAAGUUUCUUUUUUAUGAGUGAGAAAGCACUAACAAGUUCUUCUAGCAUAAUUGUCCUUCUUCAGGACCGUGGAGUUUUUCGUGCUGGCCAGUGGGGACACAAGACAAUCAUCAGUGAGGGGCUGUACCAUGGAACACAAAUACCGUUCAUCAAAAUGGCCCUUCAAAGCCACGGGGGAGUGAUUGUACUGAAUCCCAAUGACAAUCUCAUUGACUUGAAGACUGAAAGGGAGAAGCUAAGCUAUUCUACCAGAGAAGAAUCACUGACUUGUAUGCAUUCCUGCCAGUGGAUCACCAAGCGAUGCAGCAGUAGCCCUGAGGAGCAUACCAUAUAUGUAUGGGAUCAUUUCAUUUCUCAAAGUGCAGCCAAGAAUGUGGCUUUCAUUGCCCAUGGCUAUGGUGGUUUGGUGUUCAUUGAUCUGCUCGUGCAGAGAAAAUGGGAAGUGAUGAAUAAAGUGUUUUCUGUGGCAUUCAUCGAUUCCAUGCACAAUGUACAACAUCAGGCUAGAAAUGACCUGCAGAUACAAUGGUGGAUACAGAAACACUGCCGUGAAUGGGUAUCAAACAAUAAGCCUUUAGGUAAAGCUGUAGGCUCCCUUGUCAAAGUGAAUUGUCCAACUGUCUCUGCUGGAACUGAAAAGUAUAGCUUAGCACCUUCCUUCUGCUUGCGUUCCAUCUUUAAGUACCUGAACAGCACCCUGAAAGCCAAGACCACCACGGCCUUUACACGUUCACCUAUUGCAACCCGAAGCAGCAAAAGUUGGUAA